AUAAUUAACAACAGUUAAUUCCCAUCCCUAAAUUUAUGACAUAUGUCUGGUUAGUAUUGUCCCGCAAUUCAUUGCCAUUAAAUGGACGAAAGGAAUGCUUUAACAGCAUUUUGUUUUGUGAUAAUUAGAGAGGAGUCGAACCUAAAAGUUUUGAGGGUUUGAGUCCAUUUGUUGAAAUUAUUUUUGUAUCUUUGGAGUUUCUGUGUCCAAAGUUUGAAUAUUAAUACCAAAUAUAUUCUCAUUUAUUUAUGAGUUUCAUUUAUUUUCUUCCUUUCUACUGAAGAAAGGUUUGCAAAUCUAGACCUAAAAAAAAGUUGAAGAUGGCCACCAAGGUGAAAGGCCUUCUUAAAGGCCUUCGUUACAUUUCUCAAAUAUUUGAUGAGGAGAAAGAAAAAGAAAUACAGAUUGGUUUUCCCACAGAUGUAAAGCAUGUUGCUCAUAUAGGAUGGGAUGGACCAUCAACAGAUAAUAAUCCAACCUGGAUGAAAGAAUUCAAUGGACCAGGACAAUUUCAGUCAGCACCUUUGGUUCCUCCAGCAGCAGAUAAUCCUGAAAUUAAAUGGGUUUCUGAAGAUUCAAACCGAAGGUCCAGAAAUGCAGAUUCUUCUGCCGUCGGAGAUCAACCAGAACAAACAAAGUCAACCAGGCGUCAUUCUUCUUCUAAGGAAAACGGAGGGACUGAUUCUCCAAAGAAAUCCAGGGGUUCCCGGCGACACCACAGGAAGGACUCUGCUGACGGUUCCAAACACGGCCGGAUCCCGCUAGAUUCAGCCGGUGGCUCGGAGUCUCCGGCUAGAGACCUGCCGGAUAUCCCCAAAAAAUCACGGCGAAAGAAGUCCAAGGAAGCCGACCCCGGCGGUACCGUCCCCGGAUCCCGAUCGUCCAAGUCUAAAGGCACUUCUUCUAGUACAGCUGCACCACCAGCAUCUGAAGGUGCAGUACAGAGUUCGAGAAACAAUGAAAGCAUCAUUUCAUAACAAAAACAAGAAAAAAUAACAAUAAAAAUGUAUUCAAAUGCAUUUUAUCUUUUCUUUUUUUUGAUAGUUUAGUAAAUUCCAUACAUGUUUGGAAAUCUCGAA